AUGACAAACAAUAAGAACAACAAUUAUAAUUUGUGGAUUGGCAAUAUUCCUUUUGAUAUCACAGAAAAUGAAUUAUAUGAAAUAUUAAGUAAAGUAGGUGUAGUAAAAAAUGUUAGAAUAAAAUAUGAUGUUGAUAAAAAUAUAAGUAAAGGAUUUGCCUUUUGUGAAUAUAAAGAUGUAGAAACAUGUUUAUUGGCAUUUAAAUAUAUUAAUGGUUAUGACAUUAAAGGAAGGAAAUUAAAAGUUUUCUGGGCUAAUGAAGAAUAUAAAGAUAAAUAUGGACAUCCCAUAUCACACAAUAAUAAUAAUAAUAAUAAUAAUGACAAUGAUAAUUUAAAAGGUAAUAAUAUAUGUGAUAAUAAUAUAAAAAAUAUUACCCCCAAUAAUAUUUAUAAUAAUAAUAAUAGGAUAUUAUUUAAUACAAAUAAUUUAUUUAUAAAUAAUUCUAAAAAUUUAAUAAAAAAUAAGUGUGAUAAAAAAAAAGUUCGAUUUAUAUGUAAUGAAGAUGAUACAAAACAAGAAAAAGAUUUAACAAACAUACAUAAUGAACAUAUUUUAAAUAAUAUAACUGAUAAAUCAAAUAUGAUUUUAAAUGAUACAAACAAUGAUAAUUUUAUAAAAGUAAAUAUUUCUAAUAUUGUUCAUACACUCACAACCUCACAAAUUAUUUAUAUUCUCUCAUAUUUUAAAAAACUUGCUUUAAAUAAUGGACAAGAAUUAAAAUAUUAUUUACAAAAAAAUAAAAAUAUUACCUAUGCCUUAUUACAUAGCUUAUUUAUUCUAAAUAUAAUUAAUGACCAUAACGCCAUGGAUUCAUUAGAUGUAUGUGCUAAUUAUGAUUCGAUCUUAAACAAGAAAGAGAGAAUUAUGCAAAUGCAUUUGAGUAAUAUAUCCUUAGACUAUAAGAAGAAUGACAUAAACAAAAGGGAUAGAACUCUUAAGGGUAAAAAUAAUAAUAAUAUGAUGGCCCAAGUGGGUUCCAAUAAAUAUUUUAUGGGUCACAUGAAGGAGGCCCAAUCGACAGGCAUAUACAAAAUGGAUAAUAUUAAUAAUAUGAAUAAUAUGAAUAAUAUGAGUAAUAUGAAUAAUAUGAGUAAUAUGAAUAAUAUGAAUAAUAUGAAUAAUAUGAAUAAUAUGAAUAAUAUGAAUAAUAUGAAUAAUAUGAGUAAUAUGAAUAAUAUGAAUAAUAUUCACAACAUUGACAAUAUUGACAAUAUUGACAAUAUGAAUAAUGUCGAUAUUACAAACCAGAUCAAUAACAAUAAUACGGAUCAGAUCAAUAAUAAUAAUAAUAUUGUGGUGAAUAAAUCCUUUAAGAGUAAAAAGAAAGAACAAAAUAAUUUUUUAAAACCCAAAUGUGGAACAUCAUCCACUCUUUAUAACAAUAAAAAAAAGUUUAUACACAAUUCUGAUAGCAUGAAUAGAACAAACUACUACGAUAAAGGAAUGAAUAAUAUAAAUAAUAGAAAAGGUAGUAGUUUUAUUAGUACUAAUAAUAGUAACUUAAGUCUUUAUAAUAACAUGAGGAAGAAGAAGAAAAAAAAAAGAGAUUAUAAAAAUACAGAAGGAAGUAAUAAAAAUAAUGAUAAUCAUAAUUUUUCUCAAAGAGAUGAUUACAGUAUAUAUAAGAAGAAAAAAUUAUAUAAUGAUAAGGAUUCUAAUGGAGAUAUAAUAAAUGACGAUAUAUAUAAUAUGAACAAUAUUAAUAAUAUGAAUAAUAUGAAUAAUUUACCAACCAAAGGAUUAUAUCAAAACGUAUUUCAUGCAAAUACAACAACAAAUAAUGAUAACAGAAAAAAUGAACAAUUUUUAGAUGAAAAUAAUUAUGAUGAAAAUAAUUAUGGUAAUAUAAAAAACAAUGUGACAUAUGAUCAUAAGAUCAAUGAUAUUGCAGAUUAUAUGUAUACACAAGAUAAAAAAAAUAAUAUUCAUAAUAUGAAUAAUUUAUAUCCCCUUGAAAAAAAUAAAACAAACGGAAAUAUAAUUAAGGAUAUGAAAAAGAAAGCAAAUAAAACGAUAAAUACAAAUAAUAAUAAUAAUAAUAAUAUUAAUAAUAAUAAUAAUAAUAAUAAUAUUAAUAAUAUUAAUAAUAAUAAUAAUGUUCAUAUGAAUCCUACAUUAUAUAAAAAUAAUCAAAAUAAUGAACACGUUGUGUUAGAUGAUAUAUAUACAAAUAUAGAUUUGCCAGAUGAAGAAUUAGUCAAUGAGGUUAUAAAAAAUACAGACAUAUUAAAUAAUAUUUUGAAAUCAAAAAUAGAAAAUAUGAAACUAUGGAAUAAUGAACAAAGAAUACAAGUAUUGUCAAUACAAAAGGCUUUACAAUUAAAAGGAUACACACUGAAAUGA